GCCGUUGGCAACCGCCGGCCCCUGCCGGGCUCCUCGGGCCGCCGUGUGUCAGCUCCGCUCAGCUGCCCUUGUGCGCGGGGCCGAAUUCCCCUGCCUUUUAUACGUGGGGCUUGUUAAGGCUUUUUAUUGACAUGGUGUUGCGGCUUUAAUUGCGCCUCUUCCCCCUGUUCCUCUUAACAGUCCUGUUCUUUCACUGGGAUCUGAGCAGAUGUUGCCCUUCCUUGGCACUGAUUUCCAGCUGUGCAGGCUGAAGCACUGCUGUGUGCUCUGCAGAUCAGCUCAUGGCUGCCAAUGUGAAAUAUCAGGAGAGAAUAGUUGGAACUUUCCGGGACAAGAGAGGACUGGUUUAUUCUCUCGUUCUUCGAUUUUAGUAAGACAAGAGCCUCGAAGUACUGGGAGUAAAGACGAGGAUUUCUCCUCCCAUCCAGGGCCUGUCAUGGAUGAAGAGACUCAGCACAGCCUUGAAUGCAUCCAGGCUAAUCAGAUUUUUCCCAGGAAGCAGCUGAUCCGAGAGGAUGAGAACCUUCAGGUGCCGUUCAUCGAACUCCACGGGGAGAGCACGGAGUACGUGGGGAGAGCAGAGGAUGCCAUCAUUGCACUGUCCAACUACAGGCUGCACAUCAAGUUCAAGGAGUCUGUCGUGAAUGUUCCACUGCAGCUCAUCGAAAGCGUGGAGUGCCGGGACAUAUUUCAGCUUCAUUUGACCUGCAAGGACUGCAAGGUGAUAAGGUGUCAGUUCUCCACCUUCGAGCAGUGCCAGGACUGGCUGAAGCGGCUCAACAAUGCCAUCCGCCCGCCCGCCAAGAUCGAGGACCUGUUCUCCUUCGCCUACCACGCCUGGUGCAUGGAGGUCUAUGCCAGUGAGAAGGAGCAGCACGGGGACCUGUGUCGGCCAGGAGAACACGUAACUUCCAGGUUUAAGAACGAAGUGGAGCGGAUGGGGUUUGAUAUGAACAAUGCCUGGAGGAUUUCCAACAUCAAUGAGAAGUACAAGCUGUGUGGCAGCUACCCCCAGGAAAUCAUCGUUCCCGCCUGGAUCACGGAUAAGGAGCUGGAGAGCGUGGCAAGCUUCCGGUCCUGGAAGCGCAUCCCUGCCGUGGUGUACAGGCACCAGAGCAAUGGGGCAGUGAUCUCCCGCUGUGGGCAGCCCGAGGUCAGCUGGUGGGGCUGGAGGAACGCCGACGACGAGCACCUCGUCCAGUCUGUGGCCAAAGCCUGUGCCUCGGACUCGAGGUCCAACAGCAACAAAUUAAUGAAUGGGAAUUGUUCCAGAGAUUUCUCCAAUGGAGGGGACCUCUCUGAUGUGGAGUUUGACUCCUCCAUCUCCAAUGCCUCGGGAGCAGAGAGUUUGGCAAUUCAACCCCAGAAGCUUUUGAUCUUGGACGCGCGAUCGUACGCGGCAGCCGUGGCCAACAGAGCCAAGGGGGGAGGCUGUGAGUGCCCAGAGUAUUACCCCAACUGUGAGGUGGUGUUCAUGGGAAUGGCAAACAUCCAUUCCAUCCGGAAGAGCUUUCAGUCCCUGCGUCUGCUCUGCACACAAAUGCCAGAUCCAGGAAAUUGGCUGUCAGCUCUGGAGAGCACCAAGUGGCUGCAGCACUUGUCUGUGCUCCUGAAGUCGGCGCUGCUGGUGGUUCACGCCGUGGACCGGGACCAGCGGCCGGUGCUGGUGCACUGCUCCGACGGCUGGGACCGCACCCCCCAGAUCGUGGCGCUGGCCAAGCUGCUGCUGGACCCCUACUACAGGACCACAGAGGGUUUCCAGGUGCUGGUGGAGACAGAGUGGCUGGAUUUUGGCCACAAGUUUGCGGAUCGCUGUGGCCAUGGGGAGAACUCGGAUGACCUGAACGAGCGCUGCCCGGUGUUUCUGCAGUGGCUGGACUGUGUCCAUCAGCUCCAGAGGCAGUUCCCUUGCUCUUUCGAGUUUAACGAAGCAUUCCUUGUGAAAUUGGUGCAGCACACCUACUCCUGCCUCUUUGGAACAUUCCUGUGCAACAAUGCGAAAGAGAGAGGAGAGAAACACACUCAGGAACGGACCUGCUCCGUCUGGUCUUUGCUGCGGGCAGCAAACAAAGCCUUCAAAAACCUGCUCUACUCCUCCCAGUCGGAGUCUGUGCUGUACCCAGUGUGCCAUGUGCGGAACUUAAUGCUCUGGAGUGCUGUUUACCUGCCCUGCUCGUCCCCCUCCACACCCGCCGACGACUCCUGUGCCCCGUACCCUGUGCCAGGCUCUAGCCCUGAAGAGCAGCCUCUGGGCAGGCUACCAAAGACGAGAUCCUUCGACAAUCUGCCGACAGCCUGUGACAGCAGCGUGCCUACAGCCGCCCGCCGGAGCAGCGACCCCAGCCUCAACGAGAAGUGGCAGGAGCACCGCCGCUCCCUGGAGCUCAGCAGCCUCGGCCCCUCCGGGGACGAGCCCUUCGAGGGGGACACCCUGGGCUGGCAGGGCAGGGCCCCCCUGGGCGCCGAGCUCUCCGUCGCAGCCGGGGUGGCAGAGGGACAGAUGGAGAACAUCCUGCAGGAGGCCACGAAAGAUGACGUUGGGCUGGAGGAGCACUUAAGGGGUGGCCCGGAGGCAGCAGGGAAAGGGGCUGAGGUGGCCCUGGAUAAGGAGAAGAGAGCUGACAAUCUGCGGGGGUACGUCAGUGACCUCGGGGAAAAGGCCGAGGCGGACGCAGGUAUCGUAACGAACAAUCCCACACCCGCCCCACACCCGCUUUCACAAGGUGCUUCUGAGCCCAGAGGACAACAGGACGAGCACGGCGAUCCCGGCAGCGCUCUCCAGAAAGUACCUCAGGUGAGGGGGCUGCAGGCUGUUCCUCUGGAGGGCUCCACUCAGAACAACACGGGGGAAGAAGGCGUUGGGAAACACGAAGAAGCAGAGAGCCCGUACGGCACAGCACAGGCCGGCCUUCCCUUCCCUCUGCCACCCCUGCCCGAGGCAAGGACAUCCAACAUCGAAAGUUCCACGGAGACCUUAACGGAGACUGAAGCAAAGCCUGAGUUCCUGCCUAAGGGCCCGUGCCACAGAGCUCACCCCUUCGACAACAGCGCCGACGAGCUGUCCCGAACUCUGGAGAACAGGCCGGAGGGGGAGUGCAUGAUAGAGCUCCAAAAACUGGGAACAAGAGUGCACAGGACUUCUGGUAGCAGCACCACGCACCUCCCGAUGCCUUCCCCUUGUGCCUUGCCCUUCGCGGAGCGGAAAGACGAGGUCGUGUGUAACGGGGAGCCGGAGCCCGAGAACAAGCUGGCGGAGAAGCCCGCGGGGCUCGUCCCCCCGAAAUUCCCCGCCACCAACGGACACUGCGUGAACGGGGAGGACGGGCGGCUCAAGGCCUCGCUCAGCAGGCAGGUGUCGGCGGCCAGCUGCGGCUCCGCCCAGCUGCACCUGAGGAACUUGCACCACAAGUGGGUGCUGAGCCAGCUGGGGAAGCCGGCGGGCGGCAGCCCCGACCAGCCCACCCGCAGCCACCUGGACGACGACGGCAUGCCCGUCUACAGCGACGUCAUCCAGCAGCGCCUGCGCCAGAUCGAGACCGGCCACCAGCAGGAGGUGGAGACCCUCAAGAAGCAGGUGCAGGAGCUCAAGAGCCGCUUGGAGAGCCAGUUCCUCAACAGCUCCCUGCGGCUCAACGGCGACUACGGAGACGAAGUGACGUCUAUCCCCGACUCGGAAAGCAAUCUGGAUCAGAACUGCUUGUCUCGCUGCAGCACAGAGAUUUUCUCUGAAGCCAGCUGGGAGCAGGUGGAUAAACAGGACACAGAGGUGACGCGGUGGCUCCCGGACCACCUGGCCGCUCACUGCUACGGCUGCGACAGCGCCUUCUGGCUCGCCAGCAGGAAACACCACUGCAGGGACCCUGACCGAGUUGAUCAGCUCUGGAAUUGCGGGAACGUGUUCUGCUCCAGUUGCUGUAACCAGAAGGUGCCCGUUCCCAGCCAGCAGCUCUUCGAGCCCAGCAGGGUCUGCAAGUCCUGCUACAGCAGCCUCCACCCCGGCAGCUCCAGCCUGGACCUCGAACUGGACAAGCCCAUCACUGCCACGUCCAACUGAAUUCCCGGCCUGGGAGCGGCGGGGGAGCAGCCGAGCCGGCCCUUCCCCAGGACAGGCGGAUCCCGGAGGGCCGAGGCUGGGAGGCUGCGGGAGCGCUGUGGAGGUCGGGGCUGGGGCGUGGCUGGGCGGGACGGACGUCGAGGAUGCGCCGCUGGAUUGUGGGAGUCUCCUUUUCCAGCUCUUCCCCCUUCCCUGCCUGUCCUGUCCGUGUGUCCGUGUGUGUGUGUAUAUAUAAUAAUAUAUAUAUGUUUGUUUGUUUGCGGGAGGGUGCGGAGGUGGGAAGGGGCUGGGCCAGAGCCAGGAUCCCGUGGGUGUUCCUGUCCCGCUCGGAGGGUUUGGGAGCGGAGGGAACCGGGCCAGCCAAGCUGCAGAGCCUCGAGAGCUGGAGCCUCCAGGGCUUUCAAUCACUCCUGUAAUUCCAAACCAGAAACUGCUGUUUGGGAACCUGUUGCUGCUACAAGAGGUGGGAAUGUCCUUCCCAGGAGAGUCCUCUCCCUCUCUGUUCUCACAGUGGCUGCCCCAGGGGAUCCCCUGCACACACAAUCCCUGAGCUUUGAGCCGUUGGAGCAGGAUCACCUGGACUGUUGGCUCAGGAAUGUUGGUGGGAGGUGAGAUGGUGUCACACCAGGCCUCUCCAAAGGUCUGUCCAUGCAAUCCAUGAUUCAAAUCCGAGUGGGACAGGAGCAGACAAGCUUGUCCUUGCCCCCUCCAUGGGAGGUUCCCCGUGGGAGCAGAGCUUUGCCAAGGUCAGGCCCAGGCCCUGGUGGGUCAGACUCGCACUUUACUGAGACUCCAAACCGAUGGAAGGCACCGGGACCCGCUGGAGUCUCCGGGCUCGGUCCGUGGGGAGUGCACUGGUGCUUGGCAUCCUCCUGGGAUGUUCCUCCUUUCCCAGGCUGUGUUCAGUGUACCCCAGAUAGGAAAAACCUGCCUGAGGAUCUUACAACAAUCCAAAAUACAUCAUGGAUCCCCCUUCUUCCUUCUGCCCCAAUCCCAGUCACUGAAGUGUGAAUCUCCCGAGUAUCUGUUUGUAACUCAGCAGUAGGUGCUCAUCCCCUUCCCAUAGAUCCCAUAAAUCCUGCUUAGUGCAAUCUGGCAGAGGAAGCGUAGAUCCUGCUCACAGUGUAUUCCUUAGGCAAAGUCCCAACUGCUCUGUGAUAUUCCCAACAAUCCUGCUGGAGUAUUUGAGAGCUCUAGAUACAACAGCUCAAAAUCUAAGAAACCUCGGGAAAGGAGCGUUUCCCUUCCCUGGAAUGGCACAAUCACAUCCAAAGGAGGGUCACACAGAUAAACCAUCUGGCAGAGCUCGGUGGGUCUGAGGGGAGAGGCCCAGGGGGUCUGACUGUGCCCUCCCCACCCCCAGGAGGAUCCGGCAGGAAUGAAUGUCCAGGAAGGAGGAGGCUGCGUCCUUUUGGGAAGGGGCUCUGGGAACGGACGGAGCAUCUUGGGAUCUCCCUGGCACGGGUUUAGAAAAAGCUACAAGGAGGGAAAGGCGAGGCUGAGGUGGGUUCUCCAGCCGAGGGGUGUCCAGGAACUGUUCCUGACCCAGCAGUGGGUGCUGGAACGGAGGCUCAGGCAUCGGAGCGGGAGGAGGGGAAUGUCCGGCUCUUCCCGGGAAUGGGGAGGGGGCAGGGCCGGGGCUGGGGGUGUUACCCCAACCUCGUGUGGUGCAGGAUGAGCCGGAGCCUCCGCAGCUCCUGGUGCCAGGAGGGCUGGGAUGUACAGUGUGAAUAAACGCUUGCGGCUCUUUAGGCUUUUUUGGAUCGAUGAAGCACUUUUUUUAUUAAUAUUAUUUUUCUUUGUAUGUAAAGGAGGAAGCGUCUCUCUCUCCGUAGCUGUGUACAGAAAUAACCCUUCUCUCCACAAGAGAGUAAAGUGCUCCUAUAUUUUUCAUUUUUGUCAAAAGCGAGAAGUAAAUACUUUAGAAUUGUUAAAUAUAUAAAUAAAAGUGAAUAAAGUUUAGACUUUUGCAUGGGA